AUCCGCAAGCCUGUGGUCACGGAGGCACACGCAUCUGCUGCUGAGCGAGCUAUCGUUCCAGACAUGGCCUCCACCGCGCUCUCCACCGCCUCCAACCCUACUCAGCUCUGCAGGUCGCGUGCCUCGCCGGGAAAGCCGGUGAAGGGCCUGGGGUUGGGCCGGGAGCGCGUCCCGAGGACGACGAUCACAUGCCAGGCCGCGAGCAGCAUCCCCGCCGACCGCGUCCCGGACAUGGAAAAGCGGAAGCUGAUGAACCUCCUCCUGCUCGGCGCCAUCUCGCUCCCCACCGUCGGCAUGCUCGUCCCCUACGGCGCCUUCUUCGUCCCUGGCGGGGGAGGUAACGCCGGCGGCGGGACGUACGCCAAGGACAAGCUCGGCAACGACGUGAUCGCCGACGAGUGGCUCAAGACGCACGGCCCCAACGACCGCACCCUCACCCAGGGCCUCAAGGGUGACCCGACGUACCUCGUGGUGGAGGCCGACAAGACGCUGGCCACCUACGGGAUCAACGCCGUGUGCACGCACCUUGGGUGCGUCGUGCCGUGGAACAACGCCGAGAACAAGUUCAUCUGCCCCUGCCACGGCUCGCAGUACAACAACCAGGGCAGGGUUGUCCGUGGACCUGCUCCCCUGUCGCUGGCAUUGGUGCACGCCGACGUCGACGAUGGCAAGGUCCUCUUCGUGCCGUGGGUGGAGACCGACUUCAGGACCGGUGAAAACCCGUGGUGGUCGUAAGCUAUAGCAACAUGAUCCAUUUCAUCAGCAGCAAAGUUCGCUUCUAUCAUCAGCUUGUAGCUAUAAAUCCCCUGUACUGUCUGAGAAACACGCUGCUGUAAAUCCCCUUGUUUUCCAUGUUAUAUGUACACACACUGUCACACUGUAUGAAAAGAGCAUAAACCCUUUUCACUGCAUAAGUAACCCUUUUGAGGAUUAUGAAUUCCGUGAGAUGGAAGCCCUUUUGUAGCUGAUCAAACCUGACACUUUCCUGAAUAUGACCUCUGAAACUGAAAGUCUGAUGAAUCCAGGGCAUAGGAUAAUGUAUGUAGCAUUGUUUGGGAGCAA